AUGUCGUCGUCGCCGCCGCCGGAAUCAGGGCUCGAGGAGGAGGCGGGGGCCUCGCCGGGAUCUGGACACGGGAAUGCGGCGGAGGAGGCCAUCCUUAAGCCGGUGAAGCCCGAGGCGGGGGCAGAGGACGGCGUGCACAUCCACAUCAAGGUCACGAGCCAGACCGCCCCAGAAGUCUUCUUCCGCGCCAAGCGCGACAUGAAGAUGCAGCGCAUCAUCGACAUGUACUGCGGCAAGUACUCACUCAACCCGAAAGCCGUCGUGUUCAUGAACGAGGAAAGAUUCAUCAGGGGCGCUCAGACGGUGGAGGAGGCCGGGCUGGAGGAUGGCUCCACGAUCGACGUCAACAUGGCACAGCUGGGCGGCUCCGGCCGUGCUUCGGUUUAG